AUGACGACAAUAAUGCAUAUCACUAGCGUCAUUCUUACUGUUACUUCUGCGAUUAUCUUCAAUUAUUGUCAAGCUACUCCUCUCGAUGAUUAUGUCAAUACACCCGAUCCAAUGUUCAGUUGGAAACGUCUUCAGACUUAUCCAUUACCGACUCAUACGAUUUACAUAUUAAAUAUGACUUCACAGCGAUGGUUUGAUGAUUCAGUGUCUACGCAACCGAUUUGGUGGCAUUACAUGGCUGUCACAGUUCCCAGAAAUAUUCGCCGUUCGAAAACAGCAUUUCUGCUGAUCUAUGGGGGCGAUAAUACAGAUUCAGUACCGACAAGCAAUCCAAUGACAUCCCUGGCAACGACUACAGAUAGUAUUACAGCUACCAUUUGGCAAAUACCAAAUCAACCGUUUCGGUUUUUGGCCGAUCCAUUGAAUAAAUCUCGUGAUGAAGAUGCAUUGAUUGCUUGGACAUGGAAAAGAUAUAUAGAUAUGAAUGGCACCGAUCCGAACAUACUUCUUCGUUUUCCUAUGACCAAAGCAGUUGUACGGGCAAUGGAUACUGUCGAACAGUUCUUACAGCAAGAACAUCUUACAGUACCCCAAGAAUUCGUCAUUGGUGGUGCUUCCAAACGUGGAUGGACUACAUGGACAACAGCGGCAAUAGACAAUAAAAGAGUAGUGGCUGCAGUUCCCAUUGUCAUGGAUUUACUGAAUCUUCGACCCAACAUGAUGUCACACUAUCGAUCACUUGGUGGAUGGACAUUCGCAUUUAAUGAUUAUUAUGAAAUGAAUAUUACUCGUUAUAUGAAUAGUUCACUACUUGAUAAACUGGCUCAAAUGGUUGAUCCAUACUCGUUUAUAAAUCGGUAUAAUAACACAAAAAUCUUUCAAUUACAAGCAUCAAGUGAUGAAUUUUUCCUUCCUGACGGAGAAGCUUACUUCUGGAAAGAUUUACAAUUAGCAACUGGUGGAUCCUAUCUAAGAUACGUACCUAACACUGGUCACGAUAUAAAAGGAUAUGAAGAAAGUCUGGCUAGUUUUUACAUGAGUGUGGCAGAUAGAAGCUCAUUACCAUUGAUGAAAUGGACCCGAACAAUAAAUGAAACACAUGGUGUCAUAGAUGUUAUCAUUGAUUUCAGUUCUGGAAUGCCCAAACCCAAUGCUGUCAGUGCUUACCAAGCGCGUACAGCUGAUACACUAAGACGUGAUUUUCGUCGAGCAAAAAUUGAUUCAAAUUCUGGAAAUAUUGUGGCAAAUCCUGUCAUAUGGGCCAAUAUAGCCGUUGAACAUAAGGGACAAAACACUUCAACUGCUUCUUAUUCGGUAACCAUUCCGAUUCCAUCAGACGGUCAUUGGUUAGCGACGUUUGUUCAAGCGACAUUUACUGGUCGUCAAUCUACAACAUUGACUUUGACAACGGAAGCCCUCAUUUUGCCAGAUACUUAUCCAGUGAAAGAAUGCAAUGAUCAAGAAUGUUAUGGAAGUCUUGUUUAA